AUGGCGGAUCCUAAGCCGGAGGAGAUCACCCAUCCGCCCAUGGAUCAGCUCCAGGGCUUCGAGUACUGCAUCGACUCCAAUCCCUCUUGGGGUACCUUCUUCUUCCUCUGACUCCUCCAUAUAUCUCCUCUCUUUGUUUCCAUUCUUCGUAUGUUUUUGCUCUAUCUGUGGCUUGAACUCUGAGUUUGCAGGGGAGGCCACCGCCCUGGGCUUCCAGCACUAUAUACUGGCCCUGGGCACUGCAGUGAUGAUCCCCAGCAUGCUCGUCCCGUUAAUGGGCGGAAACGACGUGAGACUUCCGCCUUCUUCCGCCGUUAUUUGUUCGGUUUUUCCAUGGCUUCAUUCUUCGACUGUUGCAGGACGACAAGGUUAGGGUCGUCCAGACCUUGCUCUUCGUCGGGGGGAUCAACACCCUGGUUCAGACCCUCUUCGGGACCCGGCUUCCGACGGUCGUCGGCGGGUCUUACGCUUUCGUCGUCCCCAUCAUCUCCAUCAUCCGCGACUCGUCCCUGACGCAGAUUGCCGACGAUCACCAGGUUGGCGGAUCGAAUCGAAUGAUCUCCUCUGCUAGAAUCGGUAGAUGAUUUCUAGUCACAUUACAUCGCGUGGAUGGUCUUCCCCUGCAGAGAUUUCUUCAAACCAUGAGGGCCAUCCAAGGAUCUCUGAUCGUUGCCUCCAGCAUUCAGAUCAUCCUGGGCUACAGCCAGCUAUGGGGAAUCUGCUCCAGGUUCUUCAGCCCGCUGGGGAUGGUCCCCGUGGUCUCCCUCGUGGGGUUCGGCCUCUUCGAUAGGGGAUUCCCCGUGGUAUUGCUCCUUCCCUCUAUCGCUCUGUUGCUUCGACGGACGAUUAUCCAAGAAACAGACAGAGUGAUUGGACUGGUCUCCUGAAUCUUCUCCUGUCUCCUCAGGUCGGAAGGUGCGUCGAGAUAGGCCUACCGAUGCUCAUCCUCUUCGUCGCUUUAUCUCAGGUAUGUCCCCCAGUUCGUAGCUCUCUCUGUAAAACCCUUGUCUGAGCUAUGGUAAUUACAGUACUUGAAGCAUAUACGGGCGAAGCAAGUGCCGGUGAUGGAGAGGUUCGCCCUUCUGGUGGCGAUCACGUUGGCGUGGGCGUACGCGCACCUGCUGACGGCCAGCGGCGCGUACAAACACCGACCUGAGCGAACCCAGGACAACUGCCGCACCGACAGAGCCCACCUCGUCUCCUCCGCUCCCUGGUAUGGAACUCCGUCGCGGCCGCGGCUGCCAGCGAUCUUCUCCCCCGCCGGAAGAGAACCUCGUCUGGGUUGCUCAUUCUGUCGCGUCGAUGCAGGAUAAAGAUCCCCUACCCGCUACAAUGGGGCGCGCCAACGUUCGACGCGGGGCACGCAUUCGGGAUGAUGGCGGCGGUCCUGGUUUCCCUGAUCGAGGUAGAAGACGAUUCAUCCUCCCUUGAGGAGGAACAUGAAUGGAAACUAGAAACCCCCUUGGUAUACGUCGUCCUGUUCCUUUCUCUGAUGAGGUGGGUUUGUUUCAGUCGACAGGCGCGUACAAGGCUGCAGCUCGUCUGGCGAGCGCCACCCCGCCGCCGGCCCACGUCCUCAGCCGGGGCAUCGGCUGGCAGGUUAGCUCGCCGCCUGAGAAUUGCAGCGGAGAGGUUCUUUGCCUGCCGGGCGGCCUUAAUUCUAAUGGCGUUUGAUCUGUGUUGCAGGGUGUGGGGAUUCUGCUGGACGGGCUCUUCGGAACAGGAACCGGCUCCACUGUUUUAGUGUAGGAAGAUCAUCGUCUUCUCUCCUCGGAUCGUCUCUCCACCAUUUCAUUUAAGUCCCUAAGAGAAGGCUGACGACGAUGCAGGGAGAAUGUGGGGCUGCUAGGCACCACGAGGGUCGGAAGCCGCAGGGUCGUCCAGAUAUCGGCCGGCUUUAUGAUCUUCUUCUCCAUCUUAGGUCUGCCCGAUAUCGAUUAUUUUAUCGAGAUAUGCAGAGAUGGCCUCGGGUUCGAUCAAAUUUCUUCUGCCGCUGCAGGGAAAUUCGGAGCUCUGUUCGCGUCGAUACCUUUCACAAUAUUCGCCGCCGUGUACUGCGUCCUCUUCGGGCUCGUCGGUGCGCCGCCGCCCCUUCUCCCUCGUCCUUCUUGCUUCUUCUUCUUCUUCGAGCUCACUGCAUUCUUCUUCGUCUUCCACAGGCGCGGUGGGGCUCUCGUUCUUGCAGUUCACCAACAUGAACUCCAUGCGGAACCUCUUCAUCGCCGGCGUCUCCCUGUUCCUCGGUCUCUCCGUCCCUCAGUACUUCUCCCGCUACACCGCCGGCGCUCAGCACGGCCCUGCUCACACCUCGGCAGGAUGGGUGCGCCGACGACUGCCCCACUUCUUCCUCUUCUCCUCCUCUCAUCUUCUUCUGCUUGUCUGAUCUCUCUGAAACUCUGCAGUUCAACGACUUCAUCAACACCGUCUUCUCCUCCUCGCCGACGGUGGCCCUGCUGGUGGCCGUCUUCCUGGACAACACUCUGGAAGUCAAGGACGCGGCCAGGGACAGAGGGAUGCCGUGGUGGAACCGAUUCAGGACCUUCAAGGGCGACAGCCGCAACGAGGAGUUUUACACCCUCCCCUUCAACCUCAACCGCUUCUUCCCUCCCUCCUGA